AUUUUAAUUAUAUGUAAUAUAUUUUUUAAUCAAAAAUGAAGUCUUCUAAAAAGAAUCGCAGGAUGAAAAGGUCGAAGGCCCAGCCUUUUCCGGCAUUCAAAUCUUCGACCGCUACUACGAAUCCUUAUAGAGCUCCUCCCAAGGGUUUAAAGGAAGGCCAAUACAGGACUAAAGGUACAAUUAAAAGGCUGAACAUGUACAAGGAGAAACCUAAUUUUUCAAAAAUGAAAGCUAAAACCUUAGAUCCGGCAAGAAUUAACCCAGACAGAAGAUGGUUCGGAAACACGAGAGUUUUGACACAGGAACAAAUGACGAAUUUUAGAAACGAACUGGGCUCUGUUAAGGAUGAUCCAAGAACGCACAUUAUCAAGAGGAGUAAAUUACCUAUGUCUCUGCUUACAGACACUAAUAUUAAAAUUGAUAAUUCUAAGAUUUUAUCCAUUGAGUCACUGGAGGAUACCUUUGGAAGGAAGAGUAGGCGCAAGAGACCGAAACUUCAAGUUUCCACAAUAGAAGAGUUGGUUACUGAUGUAAACUCUAGAGUUUAUGAUCGAGAUAAAGACACGUCCCUGUCAAUAAUCGGUGACAAUUUAACUGAUGAGACUCCCAACGUGAUUUUCAAAAAAGGCACUUCUAAGAGGAUUUGGGGAGAGUUGUAUAAGGUCAUUGACUGUUCUGACGUGGUCGUUCAAGUGAUUGAUGCAAGAGAUCCUAUGGGAACGAGAUGCCUGAGACUUGAAAAUUAUAUGAAAAAACAUAAAAGCAGUAAAGUUUUGAUACUCUUGAUGAAUAAAUGUGACUUGGUACCAUCCUGGGUUACUGCAGCAUGGAUCAAGCACCUUAACAGAGAAAUUACAACAGUGGCAUUUCACGCAUCAGUCAAAAACCCAUUUGGAAAAAAUACACUAAUUCAACUAUUAAAGCAGUAUUCCCAGCUUUUCAAGGAUAGGAAGCACUUUAGUGUGGGAUUUAUUGGAUACCCAAAUGUAGGAAAAAGUUCUGUUAUCAACACCCUUAAAGGGAAUAGAAGUUGUAAAACUGCCCCGAUACCGGGUGAAACAAGAGUAUGGCAAUAUGUUUGUUUGACAAAGAGAAUCCACCUGAUUGAUUGCCCAGGAGUUACUCCAUUUGAAGAGGGAGAUGACACAGAUAAGGUUCUAAAGGGAGCAAUAAGAGUUGAAAGGAUCCCAGAUCCAGAAAAUUACAUAAACAAAGUCAUAGAACUAGUCAAAAAGGAUGGACUUGUACGAAGGUAUGGAAUCAAGGACUUUACAGAGGAUAAUUUCCUCGAACUAGUUGCAGCCAAAUUUGGAAAGUUCAAAAAAGGCAAGGUCCCAGAUAUCUCAAUUGCAGCAAGAAUAGUGCUCUACGACUUUCAAAGAGGAAGGCUGCCCUUUUACUGUGAACCGCCAAAGGAAGAAAGUAAAAUAGAUCCAACAGAAGAUCUUAGAAAGCAUUUGGAGGAAAUUGAAAACCUGUGUGUCCAACAGACUACUGAAAUAGAGGCAGAAGAUGUGGAAAAUAUCUGCAAUUUAAAGGAAUCCGAUGAAGUUAUAGAAUAUAAUAAAGUUGAAGAAUCCGAUGAAGAUGAAGAGGAUGAAAAUAGUGACAAAUCGCAAGUGGAAUCAUACCCACAUAACACACCUACUCAAAUCCCCAAUUUGGACUACAAUUCCUUUCUAACAUAA